UGGCAACGGGGCUAGUCUGCAGCCAAGAACUGUGCGGGCAGAUUUGUCUUUUGUGUCCGUGUUGUUCAUGUCGUGUGCGGUCGCCAAUCUGUUUGUUUGUUCCGGAGAGGACGCUCUUCCUGCAAAUCCAAAAUGGGCGCUCCUUCCCCCGUUGCUGCCGGCGUUGCUGCUCGCACAAAGUCGCCUCUGCUGACGGUUUGCGUCUGCGGCGGAGGAAACAGUGCCCACGCAGUCGCCGCCUGGCUCGGCCAGGCUCACAAGAACGUGCGAGUGAACGUGUUGACUCGCCAGCCAGAAAAAUGGCAAAAGGAAAUCCGCCUCGAGACCAAGAUCUGCCGCUGGGACCACUUGGGUUCGAUCACCGGCAGGGUCAACGCGGUCUCCUCCGACCCCGCGGAAGUUGUCCCCGAGGCUGAUCUGUGCCUCAUCUGUGCACCCGCAAAUGCACACUUCCCCCUUCUCGAAAAGAUUCGUCACCACCUGAAAGCUGGCGGCAUUAUCGGGACUGCCUUCGGCCAGGGAGGCUUCGACUGGGCAAUGCUGAAGGCCUUCGAAGCGGAAGACUGUCGCAAGAACCUGGGAUGCUACUUCGCCUUGCAGAACCUCCCUUGGCUUUGCCGCAUCAUCCAGUACGGCUCUGCCGUCGAACUCAUCGGUCCAAAAGACUUCCUAAACGCAACAGUUGUCCCUGGAAACAUGGGCCAGCCUGUACGUCUGCUCAUCAGCUUGCUCUUCGACAUGCCUUGCCGCUUGCUCCCGAACUUCAUGGCCAUCACGCUGAGUCCAAGCAAUCAGAUCAUCCAUCCUGCCAGGUAUUACUCGAUUUUUCACAAGUGGGACGGAAAGACGCCGAUGAAGGAAGACGAGAUCCAGUGGGGUCUGUACAACCAGUUCGACGAGAUGUCUGCCGAGUGGCUCGAGAAACUCAGCACGGAACUCCAAGCCAUCAAAAAGGCUCUCACAGCGCGCUUCCCUGAACUCGACCUCUCCAGCGUCCUCCCCAUCAAGGAGCGCGUCAUCAAGCACUACGGCGCUGACGUCAAAGACACCUCCACGCUUCAGACGGUGUUUGCCACCAACCGCGGCUACGCAGGCUGCAGAACUCCAGCGACGAAAGUCGAAGGCGGCUACGUCCCCGCUGUCAACGGUCGUUUGUUCAACGAAGACAUCCCGUUCGGCUUGUGCGUGUUGAAAGACAUUGCCGAGCAGAUGGACGUCCCGACGCCGUCGAUCGACUUCAUGAUUGAGUGGCACCAAAAACUCAUGGGCAAGGAAUUCCUGAAAGACGGAAAGCUGAAUCCCGAGAUGAUUCACGAGACCUCUGCGCCUCGCGCCUACGGCCUCACAACUCCGGAGGAAAUCGUUGCUCCGUCCCUCAUGGCGCAAAACGCCACACUGCCUUUCGCCCACAUCGACAUGCUCGGCAGACUGCUCAACUGAGAAGACGCGAAAGUCACUGAACUAAACGCACGAAAGCCAACACAAAAAAAGCUUUUCUCCAGAGACACGCGAGCAGCAGGGAAACAAAGUAGCGUGAGUGCGAAAAAGGACGUCCAUAGCAGUCUCGGCUCAGUACCACUGAUGGAACUCGGAAUUGUUCGAUAUGGAGUGGAAGGAGUCGAAAAGGUGGUUUGUUUUCCAAAAAACUCUUGUGUGCAGACUGCGGGCAAGUCGCACGCCGGCUCGGGGUUCACGUAGACGGGUCCGGUCGUUUCUGAGCAGAGCAGCUGAGUAAUAUUGGUUUUCGUUCGACCCACCAAGAAGGUGUGGCCGGGCUGCUGAGUUCCGGUUCGUGUUUUCGCUUGGGGUCUGCCAACGCAGAAAGGUCGAAGCGUUCGUAGCGAAAAGGCGUGUCUGCCGAAAUCGACUGGAACGCCGUUGACGCUCUGUCCAGAUUUUUGAACAUGCGCGACGCCCUCCGGCAAAAGUUCCAGUCUUUGCUCUGUUCGUGGAUCCGAGUCGCUGCUUUUAUUGCGUGUAGAAGUCGAGUGUUGUGUGCUCCGGAGAAUUCGACCAGAACAGUUUUGUUUCACUCGGAAGCACCUGUCGUGGCACUCUACGUUUUGACUCGGCGUGCUGGGUGUGGCAGUUCAACGCGUUAUUCAGACCACUGGGUCCAUCACAAAGUCCAAACGACUGGCGCGUCCAUGUGCCUGUGC